GUAUUUUUUCCCCCCUCCCUAGGUAUCCCAUUCUGUGCAUUUAUCUUGCAGUAGGUAAAUGCCGCUACUCACCUCUUGUCUAUCAGUGUAAUCUCCUAAAUUUCCGAAUUUAGUAUCAAUUUCAAUAGCUGAAGACUUAGUUUUAGGCAACUCGCCUUGCCGUUACCUUACGGCACUUGCCGGCCCCGUGGUUCGUCCCUUGCUUAGGCCAGUAGACCCUGUAUUACAAGGGUCCGGCUGUCGUAAAACAGUAAUAGACAUAAUCCACAACCCUAUUUCAGCCUAGGUUCACUCUAGCGUCGCCUGCUCAGUGGGUUUAUUAAUAAAGCCAGUGGACUCAUCCAAGCCCGACCAUCGUUCGAGUGUCUCGACCGUGUUUGAUCUACUUAGUCUGCGUCUACCUAUUCUAUCCCGUUCACGCCGCCCGCCGAUCAUGUUGCUUCCGUGAUGAUUCUGCCAUUUAUUUAUCAUCCGCUGUCGCUCGAUUCUAUUCGCCACCAGUAAGAGUCUACGAGUCGUCGCUCAUACGCCACUGCAGUGCGCUCCAUCACGAAAGACUCGCAUUGCUCUACUAUCCCCAAAUCUAUCCCCAUUGCUUUAUACAAUGGCGCGCCAUAUCACCAUCCUCAUCACCAUCGUGGUGGCCGGUUUCCUUUUAUUAUCUUUCAGUACCUCCAAUCUCGGUAGCAUAAGCAGCGUACCAAAGCCUGCGCCUGAUACAAGCCUUGCAAAAGACAGCACGUCCGAAGGAGAUACAGCUUUUGCUGCUCUGUCAGGCAACAUUCUGGAGGGAGAAUCGAUAGCGCCAAAGCUCGAGAAUGCGACCAUCAAGGCUGAGCUUGGUCGCGCGAGCUGGAAACUCUUUCAUACGAUGAUGGCCCGCUUUCCCGAGAAACCAACCGAAGAAGACUCACUUGCCCUCAAAACCUACAUCAAACUGUUCGCUCGAUUAUAUCCCUGUGGCGAUUGCGCUAGUCAUUUCCGGCAGCUGCUCAAAAAAUUCCCUCCUCAGAUUGGCUCACGCAAUGCCGCGGCCGGCUGGGCCUGCCAUGUGCACAACCAGGUCAACGAAAGGCUAAAGAAACCUCUGUUUGACUGCAAUAACAUCGGCGACUUCUACGACUGUGGAUGCGGCGAUGAAAAGAAGGUAGCCGGCGAGGCCGGGGCUGGGGCCGGGGCGGAACAACCAGAGUUAGCCACGAAGGAAUAAGCCCAGUCGAAGAGCGAUACAAGACGGAUAAUCUCCUUGAAUAUUGAACUUUUUGACAGCACAUACGCAUAUUUUGUGAAAAGGCGCAUGGAGUUUUGACAUACUUAUGUAUUUAUCCUCCAACUCUUUGGGGAAAAGGAGGGGAGUUUUUGAAAGAACUUGGUCCUGUCCUCCUUAAUGUGACGUAGCCCUCUUCACAUGUCUAAGUUCGAUGAGUCGUUUUUGUCCCCUUUCCCGCCCAACUAUGUUCUAGAAGGUCUCAAGAAUUCAGAAUUUGAUGAGGCUACUAGGGAGGUACAUAGGUAAGUACCUCAUUGAGUGCAUGGACCACGUGACUUGCCGGUCUGGUGGGGUGGCUUCGGCCGCCAAGCAACGCAUUGGCGG